AUGGUACCGCAGUUUGGCACAGGAUUCAACGGCGAUUUGGGAAAUACUCUGAAAAGGGACUUACAACAUGGCAGCGACGGGCCGCAACAGCCGACCAGGAAGCGGCUAAAGGCAUCGAUGGGAAGUUUCCCGGGGAGAGCUGCCCCCGCGGAAAACACAAGAGAAGCGCCACCGCUGAUAGACGAUGCUGUGUGUGCGAUAGCCAUGAGUGCGCGCCAAAACUCCAGCGACUCUGCGACGUCGUCGCCGUACGUGGAAAUUGAAGACUACAUAUUGGAGGGCUACGGGUCGGCUCUCAUAAACGGCAGUUACAACAGCAGGUUGAGCCUAGACAAUAUCACCGCAGUCAAUUACUGCCUUUACGACAAGGAUCUGGAAGAAUUCGACGACAGCGACAACGGGACUAGUGACGGCAAGACGCUGGUCGAAACGCCGGAGUCGCAGGAUGUGGAUAUGGACAUGGACAUGGACAUGAACAUGGACCGCUAG